AUGGACAACUCGUCCAACAGCAGCUCGACAGAAUCCGGCUACGACUACGAGAUUCCUGUGGACGAGAUUCCGGACACCACGCGGGGGUGGGCCUUCUUUGCAGCCACCGUCGUCAUCGCGGUCGUCCUGGUAACCAUCAUGGUGGUCUGUGGAGUGGGAAACUGUGUGUUCAUUGUUAGCCUUGCUCGCUACAAGCAGCUGAGAAAGCUGAGUCAGCUGCUGGUGGCUAACCUGGCCGUGUCAGACGCGGCGGUGGCGCUGGUCUGCUGCCCGUUCCUGCUCGAUUAUUACGUGGUGAAGAAGUUGUCGUGGGACCACGGUCUUCUGCUCUGCGCCUCCACCAACUACCUGCGCACUGUCUCCCUCUACGUGUCCACCAACGCACUGCUGGCCAUCGCCGUGGACAGGUACAGGGUCAUCCUCCACCCUCUGAGAUCGCGGAUGAAGCAGCGGACAGCGUGCUACGUCGUCCUGAGUGUUUGGAUAGUCCCCGUCUUCAUCUCCAUCCCUUCUGCUUACAUGACUUCUGAGACAAAGUACCCGCACGUGGAAGGAGAGGCCCACAAGACCUUCUGCGCUCAGAUCUGGCCUGUGGACCAGCAGGUUCUCUACCGCUCGUACUUCCUCCUCAUCUUUGCCCUGGAGUUUGUGGGCCCAGUGACCGUCAUGGCCGUCUGCUACACUUGGAUCUCCAAGGAGCUGUGGUUCAAAGAUGUUCCCGGUUUCCAGACGGAUCAGAUCCGGAAGAGGCUCCAGAGGCGUCGAAGGACAGUGGUGGUGCUGAUCCUGGUUCUGGUCGCCUAUGUUCUGUGUUGGGCACCAUACUAUGGCUUUGCCCUGCUGCGGGACUUUUACCCCACACUCAUCUCCAGGGGCAGGAACUCCCUGGUGGCCUUCUACAUCAUCGAGUGCAUCGCCAUGAGCAACGGGAUCAUUAACACCCUCUGCUUUGUGAGUGUCCGAAACUACAGCAAGCACCUGAAGAGGGCAGCCAAUUUCCCGCUGACGCUGGUGACGUUUGUGGCCACCAAGUCUGCAGAUGAAGGAGAGGCAAGGACCUCCUCCCUCAGAGUGACAGAGGAGGUGGAGGGCGGUCGGCAGAGGUAGAGCAGGUCUGGACGAACCGGCCAAGGUUCAGAGGAAGUCACUCUAUUUCCACUGUGAAAUACAUGGAAGAACAGAGAUGGAUCUGAAGUGACGAUCUCACCCGGUCUUUAUCCUCCACAGGAGUAGAGAAGAUCUACUACGUUUGAGUUACUCAACUCUUUACAGAUUUUGUUUCUGAAAUGGUCCCAGUUCUUGGCAAAGAGAUGGAUAUGAGGAGUUACUUCUUGUAGAAACAUUUCAUCAGCUUCUCUUAGUAGAGGCGCACACUUCCUUGACCAAACAAGUGUCCUGAAACCCUACAGUCACACACAUGUCACUCAUUCAUAGGAAACCACGCUUUUUCAUCCAGAAAAUGGGAAACAUGCAGGGGAGUCAAUCCAUGGGCAACUGAGCAUCAUCAAUAUUUAUGCGAUAUUUUGGAGUAAAGACACCAACAUGGAUACCUGUGUUAGCCAUGUGUGCAGAGCAAUAGCAGAAGAUCCUCAGGAUGAACCUGUAGCAGUAGCGGUUGUGUAGCGUUGAGCGGUGUAACAGCACAGCAGUCAGCAGGUUCUCCACCAAAUGCUUGUUUAUAAAGGAAACACCCACAUCGUCUUUCAUGGGGGAGUAGUAAAGUAAAAUAAGUGACUUUUUGCCACUUAUCUUCUCACUACUUUAACUUCUUGAGGAUGAAUUCUACAUCAAACAAUAUUGUGUUUAAUAUUGUGAGAGAAGCAAUGCUAAUGUCUUUCUAUUCAAUAGAUAAUAAGAGGGAUGUAAUGGAAUAAAAUAAAUUAAACCAAAUCCUAAGAACUAUAUACAGUUGUGUGCAAAAGUGUUUGCCCCCUAAACCUAACAACUGGUUGGGCCGCCGCUUGCAGCAACAACUGCAAUCUAGCGUUUGCGAUAACUUGCAAUGAGCCUUUUACAGCGCUGUGAAGGAAUUUUGGCCCACUCAUCUUUGCAGAAUUGUUGUCAUUCAGCCACAUUAGAGGGUUUUUGGGCAUUAACCGCCUUUUUAAGGUCAUGCCUCAGCAUCUCAAUAGGAUUCAGGUCAGGACUUUGACUAGGCCACUCCAAAGUCUUCAUUUUGUUUUUCUUUAGCCAUUCAGAAGUGGACUUGCUGGUGUGCUUCUGAUCAUUGUCCUGCUGCAGACCCCAAGUUUGCUUCAGCCUGAGGUCACAAACAGACGGCCGCACACUCUCCUUCAGGAUUUUUUGGUAGACAGCAGAAUUCAUGGUUCCAUGUAUCACAACAAGUCUUCCAGUUCCUGAAGCAGCAAAACAGCCCCACACCAUCACACUACCA